UCCCACUCUGACACUUGUUAUUAAUGGCCGUUUCUCUUUUUUUUUGCAUGAACUUAAUCAAAUCAAACACCUUAAACCCAAAUCAAAUCCAUUUUCAAAUUAGAAAAACAACAGUACAUAUCAUCUCUUUCUCUCUAUUUCCCCGAUUUUCUUUUCUUGGAAAAUUGUCACCUUUAUCCGAUUCUGGGUUUUCUUGAAUCUUAAAAAUGAGGUGGGAAAAGUUGCAGAUACAGAGCAGACAGGUCGAAGGAGGUCAAGAGGUUUGUGGGCCCGGUAAGAGGUGGGGGCACACCUGCAACUCCGUUGGAGGAGGCAAGCUUCUCUACGUUUUUGGGGGUUAUGGCAAAGAUAACUGUCAGACAAACCAAGUACAUGUCUUCGACACUGUGAAGCGGACCUGGAGUGAGCCGAUAAUGAAAGGCACACCACCAACACCGAGAGACAGCCACAGUUGUUCUGCUGUUGGAGACAAUCUGUUUGUGUUUGGGGGUACAGAUGGAAUGAACCCACUUAAGGAUUUGCAUAUUCUAGACACCACGUCAAAUACAUGGAUCUCACCAAGUUUAAGAGGCGAUGGACCAGAGGCACGGGAAGGCCACAGUGCAGCGCUUAUUGGAAAACGACUUUUCAUAUUCGGUGGAUGCGGAAAAUCUUCGAAUAAUUAUGACGAAGAACAUUAUGACGAUCUUUACAUUUUGAAUACGGAAACAUUUGUAUGGAAACGUGCUGUGACAUCAGGAAGUCCACCUGCUAAGCGUGAUAGCCAUACUUGCUCAUCUUGGAAAAGCAAAAUUGUUGUAAUUGGUGGUGAAGACACAUACAAUUACUAUCUUUCUGAUGUCCACAUCCUUGAUGCAGAUACCCUUAUUUGGAGCAAGCUGAACACUUCAGGCGAGCUGCUGCCACCUCGAGCUGGGCAUACAACUGUUGCCUUGGGCAAGAACUUUUUUGUCUUCGGGGGUUUCACUGAUGAGCAGAACCUUUAUGAUGACAUUUAUAUGCUUGAUAUUGAUACUGGUUUAUGGACCAAGGUGAUGGCUACUGGCGAGGGGCCUUCAGCCAGAUUUUCUAUGGCUGGGGACAGUUUGGAUCCAGAGAAGGGCGGUGUUCUUGUAUUCACAGGUGGUUGCAAUAAAAAUCUCGAUGCAUUAGAUGACAUGUUUUACUUGCACACAGGUCUUGCAAGGGAAGAGCGAGAUGAGCGAAGGCUAGAGAAAUUAUCUUUGAGGAAGCAGUUAAAGUUAAAGUGCCAAGAGCAACAAGCUCUUUCUUCUGUUUGUGAUAAGGCUCUGGUCAGAUUUGAUCCAAAUGCUGAUAUUUACCAACCCAUGCAUGUGCCAAGUUAUAUUCAAGAAAGCAGACAUAAUGUUUAUUUGAAUGAAUACCAGCCUCCUCCAGGGAAGAGGACAUUUCAAGCCAAGGUAAUCAAAAGCUUCCCAGAUGUCUAUUCUAUUGAGACUGUUAUUGAUGGGAAGCCUCUCCGCGGAGUAUUAUUUUCGAACAAGCCGAGCUUUAGCCACUCGGCCGAUGAUAAUUGUAUUAGUUUUUCUCAAAUCAGUAAAAAGGGAGCUGUGGAAGUUGGUGGUAUUAAUCUGAAUGAUGACCGCAAAUCUAAAUCAGAAACUGCUAGACCCCUCAAGCAGGAUAAAAUGGACGAUAGGCAGGCAGGUGGGGUUCAUGGAGAGAUGGAAACUGCUGUUGCUUCUGAUACGAACAAUCCAGCAACCUCUGAUGUUGCUCACCUCAAUGAGCGGGUCUCUGGAAACAUAAAACCGGCCGUGGCACCUAAUUUAGAAUUUGAAGGUAAUGAGUCAAGUGAUGUGCCAAACUCCAACACUGAAGUCCCUAAAGAGAAUAUACCUACUUCAGCCGAGGACUGUGUCACUUUGCCCCCAAACCAAGCAGAUGGUAGAGCAUUGAACAAUGAAGAAUGCAUUCUCUUGAUAGAAAAUCAUCCACCACAGUCAGUGUAAAGGAGAACAGCGAUGAAAUCAAUUUUCAGGUGACUUUGGACAUAUCUCAAAUAGCAAUGACAGCCAUUUGUACAUUUUUUCGUUGCGUGGUGAUCGUAGAUGCAGUUGACAGGUGAUUACAAAAUUUGUUUUUCCAAACUGGUUGGAUUUGCCACCUACUCAUAUCCCCCUUUCUGUUUCAGCAAUAUCAAUUUUCAAUUAUGAUAGACUGUAAUUAAAUGUAAUGCUCUUGUAAGAAUUACAAUAUAGUAACUGCUUCAGAUUCAACCGCAUCACAGACUGAGAUCAGCAAGAACAGAGUUGCUCAUUAGAAGCGAUAACUAUCCUGGAUGUCUUCCUAGUACUGGUGGACUUGACUAACCGAUAUGGGUUUCCUCUCUUUUCAGCAAAGGAAUCUCUAGAAGUUGCUCUGGAAUUAUCAAUGUUAUAGAAUUUGGAACCCCUUAAUGUGCUCUGGCAUUCCCAUUGUGCGUCAUUAGCUCUUUCAACCAUGUAGACAACCUCUUGCAGCAUUCGCAUCAGACUAGGGUGAUUCCGGUUCUUUUCAUUUUGGUUUGGUUGAGAGAAAGAAAAGGAAAAGGAAAAGAAAUGAUAGAAGAAAACAGUUGGUUCUCUGAUUACUAAAAGAAAUGUUAAAAAUUUACAGACACUAGUUGAUCAAGAAUUAAGACAAAUGAAAAAAGCUUUACCUUUAUGUGGUUGUUGAGGGAAAUGAAAAGUAAAAGUAGAAUUUGUAUCCCAUUUGUCUCAUUUUGGUUAACGAGGCAAAUAGUUGGAGGAUUGGAUGGAGGUUCUUGUCAUUUUCUAGUUUCCAUAUUCAAGCAAUUAGGUAUAGGGCAAGGGGCGAGUUCUGUUAACUGGUUUGUCCUUUAUGGGUUCCAAGUAAUGGGGUUGAGGCUUUGUUGAGUUAUUUUGUAUGUUUUGAAUAAUUAUCUUUUAAUAUAUUUUCCACAAAUGGAUAAUGCAAACCUUUUCAGUGUGUUGUAAUAAGAUUUGUUAAUCUUCAGGUUCAUAGAAA